AUGACUGCUACGCCUAGAAAAGCUGCACAAAGGAAUCGUCUUGCUAAUUUGUGGCUCAUAGCUGUUGCAAAGGUAAAAAGGGAUGGUAGUCAUGGUCAACUGCUGAAGGUGCAUUAG